UAGAGAUAGCCACACCAGUGAAGGACAUCCGUGCGCUUACAGAUCGCAUUCUGAAGUACGAGCUUGAAGUAGGUGUCAUGGCUGAUCCCAUACGCCGUAGUGGAGUCCGAUCGCUAGGAAUACCAUCCCAUGGCUGGACAGCAAACACAGGCCCCCCGCCGCAUAAAUUUCGAAAAGGUGAUCGAACCCGGAGGAUAUGGAGUGCCCGAGAAGAGGAGAUCUUGGCUGCAUCAAUGCUUGAGCUACUUGCUCAAGGAUGGAAAUCUGACAAUGGCUUUCGUACUGGUUAUUUGGGGAAGAUUAAAGACUCGCUACGCAAGGAAUUUCCGAAUACCGACCUAAAAGGCACGCCCCAUAUCACAUCCAGGAUCAGCGCGUGGAAGAAGAGCUACACGAGCCUAACAAAAAUACUAGGGAGGAGUGGCGUGGGAUUCAAUUCGGAUGGGCAAUAUAUGAUUGAAUGUGACGACGAUCAGUGGGAGGCAAUCGUCCAGGCUGAUAAGGAUGCGAAGUUCAUGCGGGGCAAGUCAUGGCCUUUAUGGGAAACAUGGAAGGCCAUUUUCGGGAAGGAUCGUGCUAACGGUGCAGGGGCAGAACAGGUUGAUGAUGCGGUUCACCGUAUGCGGGGCAAUGGGCCAAGUGGUAGUGAGGUCAACGAGAACGAUUUCCCAGGCGCCCAGGACCAAGAUUCCGAUAACGUUAUUCCUCUGUCACAGGCGUCGGGCUUUGAAGGCUACAACUCCGGUAAUAAUGGGAAACAAGCUUCCAUCAACAAGUCCGGGGGGAGUCAGAAACGUAAACACUUGGUUGCCGAUGCAUCACUCAUGGAAUUCCUCUCAAAUCUGCAUGCUGAGACAAACGCGCGUCUUGAGGUGAUUUCAUCGAGGAUCGGGUAUGAAUUCGAUCUUGGAAAGGCUAAACAAGAUGUAUUCGACAAGCUGGAAACUGUUGAAGGCCUCACGCUCGAUCAAAGGUACGAACUGUGCAACAUAUUAAGCGACAAACCGCAGCGCCUUGAGGUUUUCAUGGGAAUGCGAGCUGGCGCUCGUCUUGGUUAUCUUUUGAAGCUUAUCGAGGAGAAUCAAAAAGUUAUGUGAAAGGAUAGUAAUGGUUAAUGGCGUGGCUUUUGUAUCUACCUUUUCGUUGUUUUGCUAAAACUGAUGCCUAUUUUGUAUGUUGCUGUAGAGUACUAGGAUCUGGAAUACGCGCUACUAAUUCCUAUGUCUCUCAGUUAGUAUAGCUAUUAAUUGAUGCAUAUGAUAUUGAAUCA